UAUAUUAAUUGAUUUACAUGAAAGUUAUAGCAUUUACAACUGGCUGUAUAUAUACUGGGAAAUGUUUUUUUUUUCACUAGUAAUGGAAGCAAUCAGCGACUUAUAGCGGGACUGUGGCAGGCAUUCUGACAUUGGGGGGAGCUAACUUGGUGUCACUGACAUCCCCAGUGACACCAAUACAGUGAUCAGUGCUAAUUAAAAGCACUGAUACUGUACUAAUGGCACUGGGCAGGAAGGGGUUAACAUGUGGGGCAAUCAAAGGGUUAAUUGUGUGCUGUCUGUGUGUGUGUUUCACUGUAAGCACAUUGCUUUGUAUGGCUCUGCUAUGCAGAACCAUACAAAGCAGUGUGCAGGAGCUCACA